GGGGUCAUCAAGCUUUGGUGUAUGUGUUGGCCAUUUCUGAAAUUUCCUUGAAGGAGCGCUGCAUUGAGGAAGAUCAAAGCAGCAGUUUUUGCCAAUUAGGGCAUGGACCGUUUGGGUUCCUUUAGCAAUGAUCCCUCUGAUAAGCCACCUUGCCGAGGCUGCUCCUCCUACCUCAUGGAGCCUUAUAUCAAGUGUGCUGAGUGUGGGCCACCUCCUUUUUUCCUCUGCUUACAGUGUUUCACUCGAGGAUUUGAGUACAAGAAACAUCAAAGUGAUCAUACUUAUGAAAUAAUGACCUCAGAUUUUCCUGUUCUUGACCCCAGCUGGACUGCUCAAGAAGAAAUGGCCCUUUUAGAAGCUGUCAUGGACUGUGGCUUUGGAAAUUGGCAGGAUGUAGCCAAUCAGAUGUGCACCAAGACCAAGGAAGAGUGUGAGAAGCACUAUAUGAAGCAUUUCAUCAAUAACCCUCUGUUUGCAUCUACCCUGCUGAACCUGAAGCAAGCAGAGGAGGCAAAAACUGCUGACACAGCCAUUGCAUUUCACUCUUCAGAUGACCCUCCUCGACCUACCUUUGACUCCUUGCUUUCUCGGGACAUGGCGGGAUACAUGCCAGCUCGAGCAGAUUUCAUUGAGGAGUUUGACAAUUACGCAGAAUGGGACUUGAGAGACAUCGAUUUUGUGGAAGAUGACUCGGACGUUUUACAUGCUUUGAAGAUGGCCGUAGUGGAUAUCUAUCAUUCCAGGUUAAAGGAGAGACAAAGGCGAAAAAAAAUUAUAAGAGACCAUGGAUUAAUCAACCUUAGAAAGUUUCAGUUAAUGGAGCGGCGGUAUCCGAAGGAGGUCCAAGACCUUUAUGAAACAAUGAGGCGAUUUGCAAGGAUUGUGGGGCCAGUGGAGCAUGACAAGUUCAUUGAAAGCCAUGCACUGGAAUUUGAACUCCGAAGGGAAAUCAAAAGGCUCCAGGAAUACAGGACAGCAGGCAUUACGAAUUUUUGUAGUGCCAGAACCUAUGAUCACCUCAAGAAGACUCGAGAGGAGGAGCGCCUUAAACGCACGAUGCUCUCCGAAGUUCUCCAGUAUAUCCAGGACAGUAGUGCUUGCCAGCAGUGGCUCCGCCGGCAAGCUGACAUUGAUUCCGGCCUGAGUCCUUCCGUUCCAAUGGCUUCAAAUUCAGGUAGACGAAGUGCACCACCCUUGAACCUCACUGGCCUCCCUGGCACAGAGAAGCUGAAUGAAAAAGAAAAGGAGCUUUGUCAGAUGGUGAGGUUGGUCCCAGGAGCCUAUUUAGAAUAUAAAUCUGCUCUGUUGAACGAAUGUAACAAGCAAGGAGGCUUGAGACUGGCACAGGCAAGAGCACUCAUCAAGAUAGACGUGAACAAAACCCGGAAAAUCUAUGAUUUCCUCAUCCGAGAAGGAUACAUCACUAAAGCCUGAGGCUGUAAGGGCUUGGGAUCAGAAAUCACAAAUUUGGAAUGCAGUGGGCCAAAGGACAGCACGGGCGUUCUGGAGAGUUUCGUUUUUGAGCUGAAUUCUCAUUGUAAGAAGAGGGGAAGGACAAAGGAAACCUAAAGUUGUGUUAAUGUCUGCCUUCUUCUCUACCCUGCUUUAAACACUCCUGUUGUUGGUAUUGUGCUGUAGUUAUGUGCUAGAUAAGCUAUUAUUAAAUGUGAGUGGGCAUUCAUUCCUAACACCUCUUGUAACUAAAACAAGAACCAUAGUACCUCACAUCACAGUGUUGGUAGAAAUAGAAUUAAACCAGUCUUUAGUCCCUGGAGUCCAGCUCAGAUCCUUGUACUUGGGAGGUUGGUUUUCUGGUCAUCUGUUUUGCCUUCAAACAUUACAGACAGAUUUAAAAUAAAGAGAAAGGUUACAGAGCAUGAGAAACCUUUCUCUUUUCUUCUGAGGGGUUUUUAAGCUGACAGCUUAUGUUUAUGAUCCAAGGGGAGGAAAAUCUCGCCAUUGGUCUUGUCCCAAACUGCAUCUUUAACUUGAAUGUCUGGCUUUGUACUUUGCAGUCUGACUGUCUAAUCUGCAGUAGACUUUUGAGGAGGUGGCACCGGAUAUAAAAUGUCUGUUAUUUUUAGAAUUAAUGGAUUAAAAUGUUUUGCUACUUAA